UGUAUUGAAAAUAUACGGUACAUAAAUACAAAAUAUUACAAUUAUUAUUACAGAGCGCAUGUGUUUUACGCGCCAGCGCUUGAGAGUACCCGGAUGGGUCGUUUUUAAUGACGUAAAUUAAGAUGGCUUCUCUGUGAUGUUUAUCUCCCUGACGCGCAGAAUUGAUCACAGAAAUGAAAACAAAAUCUUUGUAUGCGCCUCAGUUUAUUUUCAGCGCUGGUUUAAUGCUCUGAUUUUGAUGCUGUUAGGAUUUAUUUUACAUCGGGGAAACUCCGAGGACUGAUAAACAUGUCUGCCAAAUUGGAUAGCAUGGAGGGAAGCGAGUCAAGUGCAAAAGACAGAAGAAAAUCUCGGAGCAGUGAAAGAGAAAAUCACAAACGUAAAAGGAGUAGAUCUUCAUCAUCUUCCAGUUCUUCCUCAUCCUCUUCAUCGGUGUCAUCAUCUUCACAGUCUUCAUCCAGCAGUGCUUCAUCACGUAGUAAGUCCAGCUCCAGUAGCUCAGAUUCUUGCAAAAAGCGAAGAAAAUCUUCAAAGAAAGGGAAAGAAAAGCAUGGCAAAAAGAAAGGAAAAAAAGAGAAGACACACAAACGGAAGAAGGAAAAGGGACACAAAGUGCAUGAUGACAGCUCUGGACCUGUUCAGAUUUCAAAGUACCUUAAAGAAAAGAAGAAAAGCGGCAAGUACAGUAUGGUAUCAGGGAAGAAGAUUAAAAUGAAAGUGAAAAAAUCAAAGAAGGACAAGCAGAGGGACAAAAACAGAGCCGAACUGCUUGAGUUCUUAAACUCCACCUUCUGAUUCAGUCCCAAGCAGGACUUUUUCUUUUUUUUUUUUAGCAUUACAAGCCUGAACACCACUCAGGGAAAGACCGUCUUCAACGACUCGUGUUGUCCUGAUGCUAUACAAUGACUAUUCCUUAACAUGCAUUGUUUUAUGUAGAUGGUUGAUGUCUUCCUUUUUUAUUUCAGACAAUACGUACAGUAUGUUUUGUAUCUUAUUAACUGUACACUAUGUAACAUUGUUACAUGUUACUGAAAUUGUUAAAUCAAAAAAAUUAUAAUUUAUGAGUAA